CAAAGUAACAACGAACAGUGAAUCUUUUUUCAAAUAGGUUUGAAGUUCCUUUUGCCGAACUAACAUUUAGAUUGGCGCCAUUUUACUUCUAUUCUAGCGUCAUUAUUGCAUGUCGUAUAGAAAGGUGAAAUUGUGAGUUUAUAUUAGUUUUACGAUAUUGUCGAAAAAUGGGGAAAAAGAGGGUAGAAGAGAGCGAAAGUGAAGAAGAAUAUUCGGUGGAGAAGAUAAUUGACAGGAGGGUAGUAGAUGGUAAAGUAGAAUAUUUUUUAAAAUGGAAAGGUUAUUCCGAAGACGAUAAUACGUGGGAACCGGAGGACAAUUUGGAUUGUCCCGAACUUAUCGCUGAAUUCGAAAAAAACCGGAAAGCUAAGAAAGCUCUUUCCAAGGAUAAAAAACGGUCCAGAGAAAAUUCCACUUCUUCCAUAGAAUCCAAUACAUCGACAUCAAAAGAUAAAGACAAAAAAAAAAAGAAAGGUAGAUCCCUUUCACCGGAUUCCGACGACGAACCAGCGAUCAAAAAAACCAAAGUAGAUGAAUCCGACGACGAAUCAAAAUCCAAAAAAAAAUCACUCAAGAAUUCAGACUCAGAAGAAGACAAAAAGAAAAAACAGAAGAAAAAGGACUCAGACUCAGAAGAGGAAAAAAGAAAGAAAUUGAAAAAGAAAGAAAAGGACUCCGAUUCUGAAGAGGAAAAAAAGAAGAAACCCAAACGGAAAAGCGGACCUAAAUCGAGGAAAACUCCAUCUGACGAUUCGGAUGACGAAGAAAAAUCCAAGAAGAAAAGAGAAGAUGAAAAAUCGAAGGUGAAGAAAGAGGACGAGAAGAAAAAGAAAGUGGAAGAUUCGGACGAGGAUGAGCCUAAGAAAUCGAAAAAAAUCGAUGUGAAAGACAAGAAAGGGAAUAAAAAGGAGAAAUCUGCCUUCGAAAAGGGCUUGGACGCCGAAAAGAUUAUAGGAGCGUCCGAUACGACGGGUCAAUUGAUGUUUCUGAUGAAAUGGAAAGGUAGCGACGACACAGAUUUGGUGUAUGCGAAGGAGGCCAACAUAAAGUGCCCCCAAGUGGUUAUUAAAUUUUACGAGGAAAGAAUCGCUUGGCAUACACCCGACGAAUGAGAUUUUUCUUAUUGUUUAUUUAUGGCGGGAUGCAUGGUUUUCUUUUCAAUCGAAACAGUCUAAUAAGAUAGAAAAAAAUAGGUAAAUCUAUAGUUUUAUUUUUUAUUUCAAUGUAAACACCUAAUUUUUGUUGUUGAUGAUCCAGUUUUUUUUUAUCUUGUAUCGAUGUUUCCUUCUUAUAAUGAUGAACUGUUGAAAAUUUUGUAUAAAUAAAAUUAUAAAAUUAAA